AAAGCGCUUGAUAAAAAUGGUAAAAUUGCACUUGACGAUUCAACGUCAGUCUUACGUGAAGAAGUGCCCAGCGACAAUUAUAGCAAAAAGAAAGACAAUGAAGAUCAUGAAGAUGAUGAGCCACCCAAAGACCAAACGAUGUUUGGCGAUAUAAGUUUUAAAUCAUACAAUGAAUUAUUUGAAUAA